AUGCGCAUGAACCACCACCAGCUGUCCAUUGAAGCUUGGAUUCAGGCCAUGAAGCAACCGAACUACUUCAGCUGGUUGACAGACGCCAAUUUGACAGCCACACUCAAGGGCCAGGUGUGGGUCCCACAGGACCCAGCUCUGCUGCUACAACCGGCAACCGUGUUGCAACCGAACGGACCAAUAGCGCUCAUUCCUAGGAAUGGCGAUUCCGGAGGGGGGUAUUACGGGCGGCCAGAUACACUAUUCGAAGAAGGGUGUGACUUCAUUAAUUCCGGUGUGAUGCUGUGGCGCCUAUCUCCUUUGACCUUCAAGUUCUUGAGGCACUGGUACAGCUUGGGAGCAGACAUGUACCAUCGAUACUACCCUCCCUGGGAGCAGCCGUACCUGAAUUGGGUUGCUCGGGAUUCAAAGUGGAGGAACAAGCUGAUAGUGGUUCCAUACCGUGAGCUGACAGGCCCCCGAGGAAUGAUGGUGCGACAUGUGUGGGGUGAUAUGCAUUGGAAGAAUAGAGAUCAAAUGGUGCUUGAUACACUAGAGAUGCUUACCGGUAGCUCACACAAGUGA